UAAGGCGCGCAUAUGAUUAAUAGUGCCUCACUUUUUCACCAAAAUAAAUAUUCUGCUUGUGCGGUGCAAUUUGCAGCGCCAUUUCUAAAUAUCCAAAUUAAUAGCCACUCUCAUCGUCACUAGUUAAGAUAACAUGAGCAGCAACAGGGUGCCAUUGAAGAAGACGACUUCAUUUCCCAUGAAAAAAUCACCUUCAGUGCAAUUUCCAAAGACUCCAUCCCCGAUUGAAUUCCCUACCUCUCCUCACCUUUUGUUGGGAGAAGAAUUAAUUCAUUCCGGUCACCCCCAACACCGUCUGUUUCAGGUUGACCUGCCAGAACUCUUUACCUGCGCAGGCUGCAAAGAGUAUGGUUCAGGCAAGAGGUUCACUUGCCAACAAUGCGAUUUUCAGUUACAUGAGUUCUGUGGUUUGGCUCCUCCGCUGCUCAAGGCCCAUCCUCUCCAUAUGCAUCACCAACUCUACUUCUCUUCCAAACCAGGUAAAGGUGGGAUUUUAAAAUCAAAGUGUGAUGUUUGUGGGAAGCCUGCCAAAGGAUACAGUUUUAGAUGUAACGCCUGCAAUUAUCAGAUGCAUCCAUGCUGUGCUAUGCUUUCUAAUGAAAUUAACAUUUCAGUCCAUCCACACCCACUCAAACUCCUACCUGCAGCUGUCAUGAGUACUUUGCCAAAUGGGGACUCAUCAGGUGGCUUUGUUUGUGGAGAAUGCAACCGCUUCAAGAGAUCAGGCCGAGUGUAUCGUUGCACAGUCUGUGAGUAUCAUCUCCAUGCAGUUUGUGCAAAGAACAUGGUGAACGGUCUUCACUCCAACGGCAUCAAGGUUGAAAAUUCCAGCAUGUUUGGAACAGCAGCUAAGCUAGCCUCUCAGGUCAUCAUCCAAUUCAUCGGAGGAAUCAUCGAGGGGAUUGGAGAAGGCGUCGGAGAAGCCUUCAUUCAAAGUAUUGCUAGAGGAAGGCGUCCCAGAAGACGUCCAAUUGAUGAAUGAAUUAAAAACAAAACAAGUUGAGAAAGGAAAAAUGAUGAGUAAGCUUUAUCUAUCUUCAAAGGGCUGAUACAAUAGUCUGAAUUAUAAAUAUGCAUUAAUUUGCUUAUGCCUAUGUUUAGCUGAUGGGAUAAUUGAGUCGUAGCUAUUAAUAUUUGUUAAUUAAGCUCUGUGGAGAACGUUGUAUUUGUAAAUUGGGAUCAGACCUGUCAAUAAACUAAUUAAUUAUUUAUUAA